AUGGCUUCAAAUCAUUUUAUUAAUGAUAAAUCUAAGGAAGAUUUAGUAUUCGACGAAUCUAGUAUAGAUGAUUCACUUAUAGAAAAUAAUACUAUCAAUGACAAUAUCUCAAUAUUUGAAGUUAAAAAAAUUUUUUUAAGAAUUUUAAUUAAACCAAUUGAACUCAUCUUUAAUUUUUAUAAAUUCUUUAUAAUUAAAUUUAAAAAUAAUAAAUUAAAAUUCAUAUCAAUAUCAAUUUUUUUAACUCUAUUGAAUUUUAUUUUAGGUUUUGCUUUUUCUUCAAAUGAUGGCAAAAAUUUAAAUUUCAAUAAUAUGAAUAUUUAUAAUUUGAAUUUUAAAAAUUUGAAAUCAAUAAAUGAUAAAAAUACAAAUUUCUAUAUUUAUAACACUUACAUUUCAAAUUGGUUAAAAGGUAAUAAUGUCUAUAGUAAAAGAGAUCUUUUAAAUGUAGAUAUUAAUCCCUUUUUAAAAUUUAAAGACUUUAAAAAUUCUCCAAUUUCAAAUAAAAUUAGAAAAGAACAAUAUCUCAAGAUGGAUGUAAAUGGUUAUGUUUCAAAUAUUAAGUUACCAGCACCAAUUGAUUCAAAAAAUCAAAAUCAUCAUGGUAUUAAGCAAAAUUCAAUAAUUGAUGAAAAUGAAAAUAUUAAUAAUAAAAACGAUUAUGGAAGAUUAGACACGUUAUUUUAUAACAAUUUUUUUCUAAAUGGGAAAUAUUCAACAAGUUUAGCUUCAAUAUUAAAUGAUUCAAAAUUAAUUGAUUGUGAUACUUUAAGAUAUGAAAAUGAAAUCUCAUAUUCUAAAGAAAGAAUUUUAAUUCAAGAUAGCUUAUUUGAUAUUAGAGAACAAGUAUUGGGAAGAGAUGAUCCUCUUUCCAAAUGGACUUUCCAUGAUAAUGAAAAAGAUAAAUCUGUAGAUGAAGUAGUAAGAACUCAUUGGGGUAAAUUCGGUUCUGCAACCAUUUGGCUAGAGACUGAACAAUGCUAUAUUACAGUAACAAGAGUAAUGUAUUCUUCAAGAGGAUUGAAAUCUGCUCCUGAUGUAUCUAUGAUAAGAGCUCAAGCUUUUGAUAAAUAUUGGCAUGAAAUUAAAGGGAAAAAAAUUAGAAAAAUAGACGUUGAAUUACCUGACGAUAUUGAAAUUCAAUUAGCCAAUAUUGAUAAAGAAUUUGAUCAAUUAAUAAGCUGUGAAUCUCUUUUUGAAAAUGAUUCAAAUCAAUAUAAAAGUUGUAUUGCUAAAAAUAAAGAAAUCACAGAUAAUAUUAAUGAUCGUAAAAAUAAAAUAACUGAUUCUUAUUAUAUUACUUAUCCAACUGUUUACCAAUUUCCAUUCAAUCCUCGUGGCUAUUUAAGAGGGCCUGAAGAUCCAAGAAUAAUUCUUAGAAAAAAUGGAGAUAAACAAGAACCAGUAGUUGUAUUUAAUAUGGAUAACGGUGAUGGAAGAAGAAUGUAUGGUUUCUUACCUCAUAGAGCUUUUGAUAAUUUUGUACAUUUUUAUUUAAGAGAAGAUAAAAAUUCCGUUCAAAAGAAUUGGACUCCAUUUUUCACAGAAGAAGAUAUUGAAACAGUUUCUGACGUUUCACCGGGAACUAUUCAUUUCAUUAGAAGAUUUGCUCCAUUUGAGGUGGUACAAUGUUCAUUAUUAGAUGGUGUUUGCGAUAUGGUAUACAAAUCUGAAUUCUUAAAUGAUCCUGCAGGCCAUAAUUUUGGUAUUGUACGCGGUGGAACUCAAAUGGUUCCUUUACCUGAUAUCAUUCCAAAAAUUUUUGGGAAACAGAUGUGGAUUGGAUUUACAAAAUUACAUUUAGAUAAAUGUGGUUGCGGAGAAAGAUUUUAUAGACCAAUGCUAACAUUAUUAGUAGAAAAAGAUGGUGUUUAUAAUCAAGAUUUAAUCGUCCCAUCGAUGGACUUCCAGACUGAUGUAUUGAGUUGGGAUAGGGUUUCAACUGAAUGCAAAGAGUACAAUGUAAUGUCCCCCAAUUCAAUUGCUGCUUGGGAUGUAGUUGGCCAAGAUCCAAAAACUAGAAAAUUCGAUGAUUUUUUAAUAUUCUCCUACAGUGAAGCAGAUGCAGUCUCUAAAGUAAUUACCGUAAGAGGAAUCUUGGAUUAUAUUUUAAACAUAUAUUCUCAAAAAGAUAUCGAGGAAGAUUUCAUCCAAUCCGAUGACACUGAUUUUAUCUUUAUGAAUUCUUUUGAAUGUCUACAUGAAGAAGCAAAGAAUAUCUGUAAAGCUUAUGGUGAAAAGCAUAAACAAUAUUUAGGCAAAUAA